AUGCAACAAAGAGACGAAUCAGAUUCUCCAGGAAUGGAUGAUACAACAACUAACAAACGAACAAAACUAUGUGCUUAUGUAUUACCAAAUUAUACUUCAUCGAUUAAUUUAAUGCAAUUUGUUGAAGUAGAACCAUUGAAUUCUUUAAUUAAACCAAGUCCACGCUCAGGUCAUCGUGCUCUUGCAACUGAAUCCGAUUUUUGGAUAUGGGGUGGUUAUCAUCCAUCUAUUGAUAAUGAAGAACCAAGUAUGUUUAAUCAGCUUUGGAGAUUUAAUUUUGCUCUUCAACGAUGGACACUUGAAACAACAACAGUAAAUGGACCAGAUUUAACAGUUGCUUCUCAUGCAAUGUGUGUAUAUCGUAAUAUCGCUCUUGUCUUUGGCGGCACAGGAUAUCCAUUUGGACAUAAUGUUUCGAGGGAAUUAUAUAUGCUCGAUUUAAAACUACGUCGAUGGAAACAAUGUACAUUACUUGAUCAAAAACCGGAACCAGUUUAUGGAGCAAGUAUGAUUAUCAAAGGUGAUUAUUUAUAUGUAUUAUGUGGUACAAAUGCUUGGCGUUAUAAUUCAGAUGUAUAUGAAAUUCAUUUACCGACAAUGAAAUGUAAGAAAAUUGGAAAUACAUUUGAUGAGAGUGAAGAGUUUUUUGAUGGCAAUGGAAGAUAUCGACAAGAAGCAUAUUUGUAUGAAGAUAAAAUAUUUUUAUUUGGUGGUGGUAGUAGUAUUGCUACGCCAUUUUCACUUGAAGAUUUGCCCAUGUUUGAUCUUACGACGCAUACAUGGUCAUUUAUUCAUACUAAUCCAGAUCCAUUUCAUAAUUUUCCUACUCCAAGAAAAUUUCAUUCGAUAUUUCCAUUUCGUGAUAAUCAAAUAAUUAUGUUUGGUGGUGCUAAUUAUGAUCAUAAUAUGCGUCGUCAUGGUCCUGUCAGUGGAAAUUUAUGGGUAUUCGAUUUUUCGAAAUUGGAAUGGUCUAUGUUACCAUCAUUAAGUAUGGUAAAACCAACUUACUUUCAUGCUGCUGCAAUGAAUAAGCGCGGUGAAAUAUGGUCACACGGAGGUGUUGUGCAUGAACCAACAGGAGAUGAUGAUGAAGAACGUAUUACGACAUUGUAUAAAAUGCAUAGUCGAGUACUUAAGCUGAGUGAAUUAUGUUGGAAUCAUUUCCUAAAUUGUCUUUCUGAUCGAACUUGUUUGGUAACACAACCGAAGCUUAUGUCACAACUUAAUAUUCCAAUGCAAUUUAUUGACCGUGUUCAUUAA